CGAAGACGAUAUCGUCAGGCAAUGGGGACGGCAACGCGUAGAGGAAUCCUUGGAUUACCUGCUCAAGUUUCUAGAGGACAGGACCCGAGAGACAACGGCCUCGGACAGGAAUCUACGGAGGAGGGCUCUUCGUAGCUUGCUCCGGUUUACUCGAGAGAUGUCUCUCUUUCCGCCUUCCCUCUUUAUCUCUGGAGUGAGGAUGGGAACAUUCGCCUCCUUCGGUGGUGGAUUUGCAGAUGUCCAUCAGGGGGAGUGGAAGGGGUUGGCCGUCGCCGUGAAGCGCUUACGCGUGUUCGAUGACGACCCCGAAGAGAAACGCGAACGUAUCAGAAAGGCUUUAUUCCGGGAAGCUCUGAUAUGGCGCACGUUGAAGCAUCGGAAUAUCCUCCCUCUGCUCGGAGUUGACAUGACGACAGGAUCAGCUCCAUUCUUGAUGAUUUCUCCAUGGAUGGCAAAUGGGAACAUCGUCCAAUACGUUACUGCGAGCUUUGACCCGACGAUGUCGGCCGAUGCUAUGUUACGGGAAGUCGCAGCUGGACUUGAAUAUCUCCACUCCCAAGGGCUCGUACACGGCGAUAUCCGUGGGACAAAUGUCCUCGUCGACCAGGAUCUCCGUCCACGUAUCUCAGAUUUUGGUCUUGCUCACUUAUGCGACAUGACGCAAACUAGCAAUGGGGGCGGGUCAGUCCGAUGGAUGGCGCCUGAAUUACAUGAUCCGAGAGCCUUCGGAUUGGAACAUUCGGUUAGAUCUCGUCAGUCAGAUGUGUUCGCGUUCGGAAUGCUUUGCAUUGAGGUUGCCACUGGCCAGCCUCCUUUUUCUGAUUUAAGGACAGAUGGAGCAGCCUUUCUGGCGAUUAUACGAGGGGAGCGCCCGAAUCGGCCAGAGGGAGAAAGAUCCAUGUCAGAGAUGUUAUGGGGAUGGGCAUCCAGCUGCUGGACUCACCAGCCCAGUGCUCGACCCUCGAUCAACGAAUUAAUGGAAGACACUUGUUGUGCCGGGUAA